GCCGAAGCCGCGUGUGGAACUGGAGGUUCGCCACGUCAGAGAAUCAGGGAAAAUAUCGAUUUUUCCAAAAAUUUUAUUUUUCCUCUCGCCCUCCCAUAGGUUUUUAUUUUUCCCUCUCAUCUUUUCUCGCCGAAGAAGGUACCAGUCGUUACAAAACUCCUCGCAGGCGCUCCGCCGAUCGCUCACUCUCGCUUUUUGACGAUUUUCUCCCGCUCCGGCCACUCCCUCUCGCUCAGCCGCCGCCCCGUGCCGAUCUCCGUCGCCUCCCCCGCGGCUCAGUGAUCUCCCCUCCUGCGUACGGACUGAGUACACUGUUGCGAUUGAUAUUUGGUCUGUGGGUUGCAUACCUGGUGAAAUUAUGACUAGGCAGUCCCUAUUCCCAGGCAAAGACUAUGUCCAUCAGCUGAGACUUAUUACGGAGCAAGCAAUGAAGCGUAAGGACAUGGCCAGUUCUGGUUCCAGUUCCGAGGAGCUACACAAUCAGUUGGGGAGUCCACACAAGCGUCAAUUGAAGAUGGAAUUGAAGAUGGAAGGAAGCACGGGCAGGAGAAAGCCUCAUCCCAUAGCUUUUAUCCUUUUCUUGGAGGAUUUUAGGAAGCGUCGAAUGGAGGAAUUUGAAUCUGCACUCCAAAAAGAUGCUGCAAAGGAGUGGGAUUCCCUCUUUGAAGUGGAGAAGAUGACGUAUGAAAAGAAAGCCAUGGAGAAAGUUGCAGCCUUAGAGAAAGGUCUGGAGAUAUAUAACAAGCUAGGAUGAUCCUGCUGCAACAGCUGCUCAUUUUUGGUACAUUUUUAGGUAAAAUGUACCUCCACCAUCCUAAGAUACAUGGGUUCAACAAACAACACCGCCACAAAACAAAGAAUUGUGCUUUUGACCUGAAUUUUUUUUUUUUUUUUUUUUGGGUCGGUAAUGUUUUUGCUUACUGAUAUCCAUUAAUCAUCAUCAGUUACGCAAGCCAUGGUUCAUGAAUGAACUUUUAUGUUUUUAAUCUCUUCAUGGAACACGAAGGGGUCUUUUAUGUAUUUUGUGACACUUGUGGAACGAGGGUAUCAAAAGUCUUAAAACUUAUAAUAAAAGAACAAUAUUUAGGUGAUCCAAAUAUAAUGAUUUGAUAACAGCAGUUUGAAAUUCUAUCUUCAUUUAAUUUUUGAUCCAUUUAUCUUUAUCCAGCUUCAGCAGUUAAUAGUUAAAAAGAUAUGGUUAGACCGUAGAUUAUUCACUUAUAUGGAAUUGCUGUUGUUCUAAA